UUUUUGAUUUUUCUAUCUUUUGAUGUUUUUGUAACUCUCACGUGUACCCAGUUCAAUAAGAGAGUGUAUUUAUUUUAAUAAUUCAGGUAUUCCAGAUUUUAAGUCCAGAUAGUUCUAGAUGAAGUGUCUCGUUGGAUACCCUCUAUCAUGUGAGACAUCCCAUCUCUUAGGCCCAUGAGCCAAGCCAACUGGUCGAGAUGUGUGUAAGUUUCUAUAGGGUGAAAGUGUAUUAUUUGAAUCAGCUACACAUAUAAUUUCGUAGACAUUAAUUUUGUGAUUCGACCAUGUGGGGAAAUAUUUAUUAGAUCAUGGGCUUACAACCACAGUUAGUAAUGAAUUAAUUGAAAACGCGUAGUGUUGCGAUGCACACGGCAAGAAGGGAAGCUUCGUAAACAUGUAAGACACGGAUACCACGAGUCUUUUGUUUUUCAUUAUAAAUCAUUCUUUCUUUCACCACUUCAUCACAGAAGCGACUUUAGAACGAUCUCAAGAAGUCUAUAUAUAUUUAUUUAUUACAAAAAAAGUCUUAAGGGCUAUCUGUCUUUCAAGAUUCCAGACGCAGGCGAUUUGAUGCAUGCAACGAUGCCGUCACCGUUCGAUUCAUUGCCGGUGGAUUGCAUCUCCACCAUUAUCUCCUUCACGAGUCCACGAGACGCUUGCGUCUCUGCUUCUGUUUCGAAAACGUUCGAGUCGGCUGUUAAAUCCGAUACCGUGUGGGAGAAGUUUCUUCCUUCGGAAUAUUCCUCUCUGAUUCCACAGUACUCGCGAGUUUUCUUGUCCAAGAAGGAGCUCUAUUUCGCUCUCUGCGAUGAUCCUGUUCUCAUCGAGGACGGCAAAAAGAGCUUCUGGUUAGAGAAAGCGAGUGGGAAAAGAUGUAUCAUGUUAUCUUUGAAGGAAUCGUCGAUCACAUGGGGAACUAGUCCCCAAUAUUGGCGAUGGAUUUCAAUUCCUGAAUCUAGGUUUGAAAAAAUAGCAGAGCUACUCAAUGUAUGUUGGUUUGAUAUUGGUGACGGGAUGCAUACUCGUUACCUAUCUCCUAGAACUCAUUACUCGGUUUACAUCGUGUUCAAGACAAAGAACGGAUGUCCUAAUUUGGGAGAUUCGCCGGUGGACGUUGGAGUUGGAUUGGUUGGACAAGAACCUUCUCAAAAGUUGAUAUACUUUAUUGGGCCUCCUCGUCGCGGUCGUGGUCGUGGUCGAAGGAGAGAGACAGAAACGAGAGAUGUAACGAGACCAGAGGCGAGGGAAGAUGGGUGGAUGGAAGCCGAGCUUGGUGAGUUCUACAAUGAUUCAUGUUGUGAUGAUAUUUCGUUUAGUAUUAUUAAGACCAACACUCCUCACUGGAAAAGUGGUUUGAUCGUUCAAGGAAUUGAAUUCCGCCCUGCCAAAAUCAGGUAAAUUGUUAUAUCAUGUUUUUGUGAUGGAAUAAGACCGAUGUCUGGUUCCGUGAUCUUCCGGUUUUAUGGUUCAGUUUCAUGUGUAAGCAAGUGAAAAUCUUUGUUGUAUUGUAAUGUUUUCGAAUCUUCAGGUUUUGGAAUUGUAAUGUUUGUAUUGUUUGUUUUGAUCAUUCUCACAUGAACAAAUUUCCAGUUUAUGAUUUGAUCAUUCUCACAA